UCCUAUCCUUUCUCCCUCCAAUCUUCCCACUCUUUUCAUUUCAACCCCUCAAUUCGAACACUCUUACAAAAAACCUCCUGAAAAAAUGGCAGCAGAACUCUCCUUCCUAAAACCCAUCUCAAAAUUUUCAAAAACCACCCCCAAAUUUUGCACAACCACCCCACCAAAGCUCCAUUUCUGUGUAAAAAUGUCAGCUGCAGCCCCUUCAGCUGAAACCAAGAGGCCAAAGAAAGCAGCGAAAACCAACAUCAAAGAGACUCUCCUCACUCCAAGAUUCUACACCACAGAUUUCGAUGAGAUGGAGACGCUCUUCAACACUGAAAUCAACAAGAAUCUCAACCAAUCGGAGUUCGAAGCACUGCUGCAGGAAUUCAAAACCGAUUACAAUCAGACCCAUUUCGUCCGGAACAAGGAAUUCAAGGAGGCGGCGGAUAAAUUACAAGGGCCGUUGCGACAGAUCUUUGUUGAGUUCCUGGAACGGUCUUGCACUGCUGAAUUCUCCGGCUUCCUUCUGUAUAAAGAGCUUGGGAGGAGACUGAAGAAAACCAAUCCAGUGGUCGCCGAAAUCUUUUCGCUCAUGUCGAGGGAUGAAGCCAGACAUGCUGGAUUUUUGAACAAGGGUCUGUCAGAUUUCAAUCUGGCAUUGGAUUUGGGAUUCCUGACAAAGGCUAGAAAAUACACAUUCUUCAAACCGAAGUUCAUUUUCUACGCCACGUACUUGUCUGAGAAAAUCGGGUAUUGGAGAUACAUAACUAUUUACAGGCAUUUGAAGGCAAAUCCGGAAUUCCAAGUGUAUCCGAUCUUCAAGUACUUCGAGAACUGGUGCCAGGACGAGAACAGGCAUGGAGAUUUCUUCUCUGCAUUGAUGAAGGCACAGCCUCAAUUCCUCAACGACUGGAAGGCGAAGCUGUGGGCACGAUUCUUCUGUUUGUCGGUUUACGUGACAAUGUACCUCAACGAUUGCCAGCGUACUGCUUUCUACGAAGGCAUCGGUCUUGACACCAAGGAAUUCGACAUGCAUGUGAUUAUUGAGACCAACCGCACAACGGCAAGGAUCUUCCCGGCUGUUUUGGACGUGGAGAAUCCCGAGUUCAAGAGGAAGCUGGAUAGGAUGGUGGAGAUCAACGAGAAGCUGCUUGCUGUGGGUGACACUGAGGACAUUCCUCUGGUGAAGAACAUGAAGCGGGCCCCGCUCAUUGCCGCCUUGGCCUCCGAGCUCUUGGCUGCCUAUCUCAUGCCACCCAUCGAGUCUGGGUCCGUUGAUUUCGCAGAAUUUGAGCCGCAGGUUGUGUAUUGAUUUUGUACAACAGCCAUCGCAUCCCUUUGACGAAGCGUGCCGCCGUCAUUAGCCUAUUUGUAGGACACUUAAUAUUAAAAUGAGGCAUUCAAUGAUGUAAUUUUGUUAAUGUUAAAAUGGUAUUUUCUUCAUUUGAGAACAAUCUAUAUAUUCUAAGCUGCGUUUGGAUACUCAA